GUACAUGCCCUUUACACGAACGGAGCGCACGAGCCGUGCACCUCUCCUCUCUUCUCUCUUCUGCUGCUGCUACUUACCCAACUCGUCCCUCCCUACCUCGCGGUCGCGGGCGUCGAUAGAACCCAAGGCAAGCGCGGUACGGCUGGAUUCAUUGAUUGGUUGAUUCGGAUUUGGAUUUGGCUGGAUUCGAAUCUUGCUGAGGCGGCGGCGGGGAGGAUGAGGAUCUCGAGGCUCGUCGCGGUGGCGGUUCUGGUGAUCGCCGCCGUGGUGGCCGGCGCGGCCGCGGAGGAGGUGGCCGUGGUGGACGACUCCGUCGGGGCGGGGGAGAUCGCCGCCGCGGGGGCCAAGGAGGCGGCGGCGCUCAGGGCGGAGCUGGCGCAGCUCAGGGAGAAGAUCUCCGAGUUAGAGUCAGGCAUCGCAGGGAGAUCCCAGGAACUGAAGAGCAAGGAUGAUGCCAUCACGAAGCUGGAGAAGGCCAUUGCGGAAAAGUCACAGAAGAUUGCUACUCUGCAGAGCGAGAUCACAUCUCUCCAGAAAAAGGGGUCUGUAGCUGCUGAGGAGCAGGCAGGCAAGGCCAUUGCCCGGGCUGUUGAGCUUGAGAAACAGGUUGACAAGCUCAAUAAGGAGAUUGAAGCACAAAGUAGCCAGAGAGUAGCACUUGAGGCUAGAGCUAACAAGGAGGAGAAGAAAGUGCAAGAUUUGAACUCAAAGCUUGAGUCACUCCAAAAGGCAAGUGGGGAGCAAAAACGUGCAAUCCAGAAGACGGAGCGUGCUCUUAAAGUUGCUGAGGAGGAAUUGAUGAGGCUGCAACUAGAAGCAACAACUAAGUCACACCAGCUGACAGCGGUACAUGGAGCAUGGUUGCCACCUUGGUUAGUGGCACAUUCUGCUCGCUAUGUGGAUGUGGUCUCAGGUCACUGGAAUGAACAUGGAAAACCUGCCAUGGAGAGUCUUUUGCAGAAGGCAUCAGAAAAAUCAGCACAUGCAAAGAAAUGGGCCGAACCACAUAUCGAGACUGCUAAGAUGAAAUUGGUUCCUGUUAAGGAAAAGUUGGCCGUGCUCAAGAAAAACGCAGAACCUUAUGUGGAAAAGGUGUCUACAAAAUCAUUCGAGGUUUAUGAGGCAUCGAGGGAUACUGUUACACCUCAUGUUGUAAAGUUCAAAGCAUUUGCUGAUCCCUACUUCCAGGAGGCAAAGAAGUUCUCUAAACCUUACAUUGAUCAAGUUGCUGAGGUCACUAAGCCACAUGUUGAGAAAGUUAGAACUACUCUUAAACCUUAUACUAAAAGAGCAGUUCAUGCGUAUGGAACAUUUCUUGAGUCUGCAACUACAUAUCAUCGUCAGGCUCAAGCAAGCAUCUCGGAUCACCUGCACCAACAUGAGGUAACAAAAUCACUUGCGACGAAGGAGUUGGUUUGGUUCCUGGCUUCUGCUUUGCUGGCUUUACCUGUCUUUGUUAUAUACAGGCUUCUAGUAGAAACCUUCUGCACCAAAAAGCAGAAGAAAUCCUCUCGCGAUGGCAAUGGAAACCAUGGCAACAGGAGACACAAGCGCCGACAUGCUGAGAAGUAAAUUAGUUUCUACUGCUAUGUAGGGUUGCAGGGUUGAUGCGUUGACGGAUUUAUGUUGAAAUCCAGAUCUUUAUGCAAAAUUCAGACUGUUCUUCCCUGGGGCUGUUAUCCCAAGCCACGGUGGAAGGAUGUUUGUGGAUCAUGGGUUAACCCGGACUUGGAAUACGCUGUACACCACCAGAUUUUCCGUUUCCUUUUUUGCCCUUGUUUGUAUGAACUAGUUUUCAGCAGUGGCCUUUUCAGCAGUGGCCUUGUGUAUCUGCAUUCUGCCGAGGUUUAUGGGCUUAAACCUCAGUGUUUGUUUAAUUGCUUACUGUAACUUUUGUCAAUGCGCUUGAGUUUGUUUGUGGCGCGGUUUUAUUUUUGUGCUCACUAUAAAAUUUCUCUCAAGUUUAUGGAAUUGUAUGCAUAUAUACAUAGUA